CGAUCUGUGAAACUGCGUCCAAAGUGAGGAAACCGCACGAGCGAGCACCGUGUUUCCGUCACGUUCGUUAUUUCAGCAACAAGCACAAAACACAAAAGUCUCUGCAAUCCCGUAGCGACAGCAACAUGAGCACUACUCGUAAUGGUGCAGGCCUUGACUGCCCUAUCGCGGCAAUUCUGCAAUCUUUUGCGGACGACGGGAAAUCGAAAGUCCAUCACAUGGACGUGCUUUUGGGGACCGCGACGUCGUCGUUCACAUUGACGCGCGCCUUCUAUCUCAACAGCAACAAUGUUGUCAAGUUUCGUCACGAAGGAGAAAGAGACAGGACACCGCCCGUCUUGUAUUUGGGCGACAUGAAGGAUGACGACAAAACUUUGGUCUAUUAUUCGUCUAGUGGGAGCGGCAAGACAUCGGAUCUGGUAGGGAGCUCGGCCAGUCGAGACUCAGAUCUUGCGGUUAUCUUGGGAGUCAGCGACCCGGAACCCAGAAUGCAUGAACAGUUUCAAAUGCAGGCAGAUCAAAACAUCGACGAAGACGACGAAUCUGACGACGAAUCCGAGGACAGUGAACUUGAAACCAAGUCCGACGACGAGUCCGACGCCAACGCACCCAAGAGCUCCAAGGACAGUGAAUUGGAAACCAAGAAGAAAAAGAAUCGGUCACAAGGAAUUUACAACCCUGAAAUGCUGGAUGGCAGCCAACCACAGGGUCUUAGCAAGGCGGCUGUCUUGCGGCCUCGUUCAGUCAAUGCUCAAGCCGCUGAUUGGGCGAUCCGAAGAGCUCUUGAAAAGGCCCUGAAAAAACAGAAGGAAAAACUCCUGUUCAAGGAACUGGCGAAGGCUUCGAAUUCAGCAGGUCGGCAAGUGAAAUUGGUCCUGGCUGUGGACGAAGCGUCUUCCUGUCCACGGGUGAUUCGUGGUAUGCUUCGAUUUCCCAAGCCGAUCAAGGGGUCUGUGAAAGAGUUUCUCAACAUGGAAUUGGGGUUGGAUGAAAAGCUGUUCGAUAUAAAAAUUUCUAUCGCUGGUACAGGGGUUGCUUCUUCUACGAUUGGAUCUGUUCCUAAGAAUUUCCGCGUGUUGAAGCCCUACCACGAAGAUCAUUUCGAAGACAUUAUCAAUCACAAACUCCAACACGAGCCCCUCGUGUUGGAAGUUCCGUGGCGCCCGCAGCAAGAAAAGAUCUGUGAUUUGAAGACCAUCAGGUCGGAACUUCCUGUCUUGGCCUCGUUGGUGGUGAAUGGACGGUUGGCGUCAAUCACCCUGGCACAGCUUCGAAAAUGCGCCACGAGCAAGGAAGAAGUCAAAGAAGGUGUCUUGGCUAGUAGAAUUGUCAGCAAAUUCUUGGACAGCAAUGGCUUGAUGGAGAUCGCACAAGACGAGGAACGAAAACCAAUCGUCGCAGCAUCCGCUCUGGCAGUUCAUUUCUUCGCUGAUCGAGAUGAAUUCAAGCUGUCAGUGCCUGAUGACAGCCAAGAGGUUGCAAAGUUUGCAAUGAAUAUGGACUUUUUCCCUCUCUCUACAGGUGUUCUAGUCAAAGAUAUGGUGUCGACAUAUGGCUUGUUGGAGCCUGCGUGUCCGGUUGAGAGGCGGCAUCGAGGCCAAUCCAUUGCACCCCCAUUGAAGAUGUCGACCCCCCAACAACUCGUCGCGAUUUUCAUGAUGGGACUCGAUCUCGAGAGCAUGUUGGAGCCGACCUGGUUUGGCUUUGAGUUGAUGUCAACCCAUUUUAUCAAGUGCGCUAUUGCAGCUUCUGCAGCUGUUCACCCGAAUAAGCGACCUUCAGUGCAUGAUGCCCUGCGAUGCCUUGGCUUUAAAAGCAACAAAGGCACUUCUUCGACAGUAAAGGGGGUCUGGGAGGAGCUCAGUAAAUGGGAGGCCGUUUUCUCCAAUUCGGACAUCAAGAGCCCCUACUACACCCGAACGCGGCAGCUUCAAGUCGGACUCAAGAUUGUUGAAAGUAGCAACUACGGCGAACUUCUUCAACUUGAAGAAAAGUUGGAGGACGCCAUCAGGAGUACGAAUGCCCCCUGUGAUAGUAGUGGCAAAGUGCCCCCCAUCGCCUUUAUCAAUGAAGGGAACAGCCCCCUGUUUGACGGCGGUGUGACAUUUCUUGCGGUGGACAGAGAAUCGAAAGAGAUUGGAGAACUCGGAGAUGUUUGUACUAUGUCCAUCCUGAACCAAGCAAAGGACUUCCACGGAGAUUCGAAAAUUGACGCGACGAAGUUGAAUGAGCAUGCAGAAAGGGUAGGGAAACCACUGUUGGACUGGGUGUUUGGUCAAAAGCGGUUGCUCUGUGUCUCCAGCACCUCAUCGAGUCUUCUGGUUGCCAGCGGCACUGCGAAAGAUCGUGAUUACUUGCCUUAUGACUUCACACGGUCGAAAUUGUUGGCGCCAUUGCUUCGCUCUUUGAAGGACCAGCGAUGGCUGAAGACCCGAACUGAGAAGUAUACGCGUCUUUACGAUGCUGGAGGUGAGAAACGCGCAGACGCACAACUCAUUCGCAAAAAACAUGCUGGAACUGUGGAACCUCGAGACGCACAACCCAUUCGCCAAAAACGCGAACGCGACGAUGCUGGAGGUCUGGAGCUUAGAAUUCAAGACCCACAACGCAAAAAAAAAGCAAGGCAGCUUCUGAGUCGAAUGGCCCCUCACCUGAUUUGAUCAUCAGCAUUGAAAACCUGGCUUCUUGGGAUGCCGCAGGGAUAUUGAAAGUAACGCCCGGUAUCGGGAGGGGCCAAAACCUUCAGGGUUGGACGAUUGGUGGGCAAGACGGGCGAAGCCACUGCGCUGGUGGAAGAAAAUGGUCAAACUGACUACAGCUGGACUACUGGUAGCUAGUA